CUCGAUCUUUCACUUUUCCGCCUGUCUUUACCAGCGCUGUUCUCCAAGUUAGACCACGUUUGUCAUUUCACUCUUGCUCCCCAUGCCCAAGAGACACUACCGGGCCUGGACUCCCGGCGAGGAACGUGACUACCCAUCAUGGGUAGCUCGUCAUCUCCAUUUAACAUGGCCGGAGAGGGCAAGAAUAUAUUCCAUCGAACGCAAACCCAGAACGAGAGAGUCUUUGCGGACCAAACAUCGACUGCUGGAGAAGGACAUCCGACGGCACCGCCGUCCAAAUAGCAAACCCCCAUCGCGGCUCAGGCGUCGCAUCCCCCAGAGAAAGGAUCAUAGCCAGCGGAAGGCUUGGCCCAGUCCUAUCUCGAUCAGCACCCCCACCCCUUCCGAGCAUCAUUUGGACGACCCGAGCGCGGUAGCGAUACCGAUGAUGAGGCGACGGACCCGUACACGCGUGGCCAGUCACCAGAACCAGAAUCAGACCGCACCGUCGACCCGGGCUCUAAAAUUGACCCCCCAGUUCUCAGCCAAACGUGGGAGCCACAUGUGUUUGACGCGUGGGCUUGUUGAAGGCUGGGGUAAUUCCCCCGGUAAGAGCAUGCCCCCCGUGCCGUCAUCGAAGCCCUCUGAUAUCCAAACCUUCUUAGGAGCAGGAGCAGGAAUCGGAAGUGAACAUAGAGCAUCGCCUCGGGCAUCAACUACAUCUGACGAGAUCGAUCGGCUGUGGCGGUCAGCAUACCGUGUCUCCGGUCGCACGAGGCAGUAGGCACGAGCCGUGACGGAGACAUGCUGGUAGAACUCUCCGCGAGGGUUCUCCAAGGUGGGGACGACAUACCGCCGCAGCUG